UUGCCUUUGUUAUUCGCAGCCACCCCAGUAAAUUCGGGUUCACUUUGCUCCUCGCUUACCCUGUGUUUCUUGCCAUCGCGCAAUGAGCAAUCUCAGACCACAGAAGCGGCUAGCGGCUGCUGUUUUGGGCUGUGGCAAGAAGAAAGUAUGGCUGGAUCCUAAUGAAGGCUCCUCUCUUGCCAAUGCCAAUUCCAGAAAAAUGAUCCGGAAACUUUUCAAAGACAGUUUGAUCAUUAGAAAGCCUGUGACAGUCCACUCUCGUUCACGUUGUCGAGCAAAUCUUUUGGCUCGUCGAAAGGGAAGGCACACCGGCCCUGGUAAGCGAAAGGGCACGGCGAAUGCCCGCAUGCCACAAAAGGUGUUGUGGAUGCGCCGCAUGCGUGUUCUUCGCCGCCUUCUAAAGCGCUACCGUGAGGCUCAUAAGAUUGACAAGCACUUAUACCAUCUACUCUACCAGCAGUGCAAAGGCAAUCAGUUUCGCAACAAGCGGGUUCUGAUCGAACACAUCCACAAGAAGAAGGCUGAACGGCUUCGUGCGAAGCAACUGAGCGACCAAGCCGAGGCUCUAAGACAACGCAAGAAAGAGGCCCGCUUACGGCGCGACAAAAGGAAAGAGGAAAAGAAGAAAUUGCUUUUGGAAGGAUUGGCUUCAACUGAGACGUUUACGGUUAGUGCGCCUAAGGGAACACCUGCCGCAACAAUUGUCAACAAAGCGGCAACUCCUGCUGCAGCUCCCGAGCCAAAGCCGAAGGCUGACGCACAAGUUCCCGAAGUAGUCACACCUGUUGCACCUAUAAAACUCAGCACACCAACUGAACCCAAGGAAGAAGUAAAAGUAUCCGCGCCGCCUGCUGCUAAGCCAUCUGGAGGACCUAAAGUACCUCCUCCACCGAAAAUACCGACCACUUCGAAAACCCCUGCUCCUCCCCCUAAAGUUCCCGCACCAAGCACUGCUAAAACCCCGGGCAGUAAAAAGCCUUCUAAGCGUUAGUGCUCAACUUUGAAUAAAUGUUUUCAAGAUUGG